GGCUGAGAAUCGGAUUUUCCUCUUUUUUCCCAUUUGAUUGUCUUUUUCACUCACUUGGGUCACUGCAAGGUGGAUUUUUUUGAACAUAUCUUGGGCAGAGCAGUUCCUUAAGACAGUGAAUCUGAGCAUAUACUAUUGUAGGCGCAACAAUCUCGGCAAAUCAUGGAAUCUAGGGAAGGAAUGAAUACGGGGGUGACAGUUAUAGCUCCUGAGGCUCCGUCAAGCUAUCAUGUGGCACCUAGGACUGAAAAUUCAACCCCAAUUGCAGUAACACCACCGGCACUUCCAUCCCCGGCUAGUGCAGUCUUGUUUGGUACCUCUGACAAGAAAAAGAGAGGCAGACCAAGGAAGUACAGUGCUGAUGGGCCAAAUUCCAGGCCUCUGUCCCCAAUGCCAAUAUCAUCUUCUGCUCCAGCUGUAGCUGGCAACUUCUUGGCUGACAAAACAUCUGCUGGUGGGAGGCCGUACACUUCAGAGAAAAAGCACAAGCCUAAAGUUGAAAACUUAGGUGAAUGGGUUGCAUGUUCAACUGGUGGAAGCUUUUUGCCCCACAUGAUCACUGUUAAUGCUGGGGAGGAUGUUUCAAAGAAGAUCGUCUCAUUCUGUCAAAAUGGGCCCCGUGCUAUUUGUGUAAUUUCUGCUGUUGGUUUGAUUUCAAAUGUUACUCUUAGGCAGCCAAAUUCUUCUGGGGGUACUCUAACUUAUGAGGGCCGAUUUGAAAUUCUUUCUUUAUCUGGAUCCUUCACCCCUACAGAAUUAGGGGGUUCUCGAGUUGCCCGAACUGGUGGUAUGAGCAUUUCUUUGGCAAGUCCCGAUGGCCGUGUUGUGGGUGGUACACUUGCCGGACUGCUGGUUGCAGCCAGUCCAGUACAGGUUGUCGUUGGCAGUUUCCUACCAAGCAACCACAAUGAACUGAAGCCCAAGAAGCAUAAAUACGAGCACAAAUCACUUGCUGCUGCAGGAUCUGCUGUCGCUGCUCCUCGUACUAAUAACAUGCUUGUUGAGCACAGGAUCUCUACCGUACAAGGCCUGAACAAUGUCAUAGCUGAUAAUCAAGGCAUGGUUGCAUCCUCAACCCUCCAAACAGCUAAUUGGGCAAAUUUUUCUUCCAUGGAAGACUCAAGAAAGUCCACUACUGACAUCAACAUUUCCUUGCAAGGGCAGUAAUUUUCAUGUCCCCAUGGAGUUCCACAUCUUGAAGGUUUAUGAUUUCUGAAUCCCAGCCUGGACCGGAAUUGAUCAGCUUUAGUCAAUGCAGGAUUAAUUAACUCAUAGUUAUGUUAACGUUAAUUAGUAAGAAAUCCCUAAUAACUGACUGGGAACUUUGUCACUUAGUUGUAGGAAGUCUGGUACUAAUGUUCUUAUUCUAUUUGUUGCGAGGGCCUUAAUCACAGUAUUUAUGCACCAGCAGCGUUCAAGCUCA